CUUGGUAAGAAUUCAUAGGAGUAAGCCCCGCUGAAAGCAAUGGAACUUAUUUCUGAAUAAAUAGGCUUAGCGUGGAGAAGCAAUUCCCUUCUCUCUUCUCCCUCCAUCCAUUUAUUUCACUGAGAGCUCCUCUAACGAAUAGACGUCCCCUCUUUCUCCAGACAGGCAGAAACAACUAAGCAAGGAAAAGCAGACGACAAAUAGAAACCGUAGCCCAAACCUCCCUCUUCCCCACGGCAAGAACCGCAGCGCAACACAAUCGUCAAGCGCGCAGUCUUUUGGAAAACAUCCCCGCACUGAAUGAUUUAAAUGCCUUCUAGCUGGGCGGGCGAAAAGGCUCACGGGUGUGGUAGUCCUUGGCUCCUCGAAUACUCGGAGAGAGGCCGCUAGGAAAAGAUUCGCUCAGCCUACAAAUCCCAAGUCGCCACGCAGCGCCUGGGUUCGGGGACCCCACCGCCUGCUCCUCCUCGCAAGGGGUCUCUCCUGAUGGGGCGCCAGGGAUUGGCCAGCUUGGCUGCGCUUCCAUUGGCUGGCUGGCUCUUGCACGGCGGCGGCGGCGGCGGCUGGAGAAGUCGCGUCGCGCGGCCAGUGGCCGGAGCAGAGAGCAGGGGACUGCGAGGGGCUGAGGUGGCCUUUUCGUGCGUCUCUGAGGUUAUGGCCUUUUAGCCCCCCACGGAAGAGGUGUCCUGCCGCCCCGGAGAGGCUCCAUGGCUGCCGCGGGACUCAAGGCUGCAGGCGGCAGCGUGUGGAAGAGCGGCGGAGUCGGUCUGCAGCUGGUGGCCGCUGCCGCUUCCACUCACAGCUGCGCCUCCAAAGGCAGCGGAGACGGGCGCGCUGGCUGCAGCCAGCCGAGGGCCCACCAGCACCAGUCGGCGGGACACUCGCCACCGCCACCGCCGCCGCCCUCCUUGAACGGCAAAGUCAAGAGAGCCGGGGACUCCAGCCAUGCAGCCACUGCCCCUUUGGGCAGCCCCGUCGAAGGGGUCGACACCAAGUCCUAUCUCUGGGCCAGGUACCACGAGAUGAAAAAGCUGGUUUACGGUAACCAAAAUAUUAUUAUUAUUAUUAUUAUUAUUAGCCUUCCCACGCGGGGUGGAAGAUUUGACUGUGUGCCUGAUGCAUUUGUGGAAGUGGAACCUGAUGGUGAUAAAUUGCAAUGCUUCCUCCCCCAGCUGCCCCACUGCAAAUCGUUAGCCCUGUUGGGAGCCAUCAGAUUAAGCUGUUCGCAGCCUGGUUUUAUAUGAAAAGGAGUGCAGUACCGUAGCUGUGUUCUAAUUUCGCCAGGGAGCUGUGUGGCCAGAAUCCCAUCUGAUUGCUUUUGUUGGUUUGUCCAACAUCUUUCAUCAGAUAUUCAUUUGUCACUGUAGAGAGCAAGCAGGAGUUUCUAGAUCCGCAGCCCUCCAAAGUUAGAAUGGCUUCAAAUACUCUUUUGAGAAUAGAUGUCUGCUCAGAUGAGAAGGGCAUAAACCAAGUUAGAUCGUAUGGGACACAUGUUAAUAUACAGCUGAGUUCCUUCAAUCGCUUAGAUAUCAGCAUCUAGUGUACUGUAUUCUUGUAAUAGAUAGAUAGAUAAGAUUAUUAUUAAGUUCUCAUCUGCCCACUUUAGGGCCUUUCAUAUCCUAUAUGAUGUAUUGUUAACGUCUACAUCUGAAACCAUUUUGUAUUUCUAGUAUGCCCUCAGUGAGUAAAUGUCCCCUUGGCAAAGUCAUAAUCAGUAGUUUACCAUUGCCAAGUAUGUUAAAUGCUAGUGGAAGAAACUAGCAGGGACAACAAUUUCAAGAUAACAGAUGUAAAAAAAUACCAGAUUCAUUUACUCUAAAACCCAGUGAUAUGGGGUGGAAAAUUUUACAGUGCUAUAUUUUUCUAUAGAAAAUCUGCAGUCUAAAAAUGCAUGUUCAUAAAAAUAAAUAACGUAAUGAGCUGAUACAAUAUCAGUCAUGUUGGGCAGUUUCAAAUUUGUAAUUAAUAGACUAUCACCAUCUAUUAAAUAAUAGGCAUGCAGCUCUUCAGAUUGCUAAAAGCGGUAUGUUAAGAUUUUUUCAAUACCUUCAUUUCCCCCCAUAAAAUUUAAACAACGGAAGUCUAUGUUACUGAGUUGUCAUGAAUUAAAAUAUUUACAAAUGUUCUAAUCUUAAAAAUCCAAGUAAGCUCUUGAGUUUAUUUGUAUAUUUGAUACUUGUUGCACCCUGCAGCAUAAUUGUAUCUCUGUCACCUGGCAAUAACCUAGUACUGUUCUCAGGAACCUACCCCACAAGUUGGAAGAGAAUGAAUACAGUACAGUGCCUUCAACUACCACUCCAUGGUUAUCAGCUGAAAGUUGUUGAGGGAUCAAGCAAAAGUAACAGAGCUGCAAUUCCCCCUUUCCCUCUCCCAAUAAAGGUCACCUAUCAGGAGGGCCCACCCAUAAAGCAAGGUGAGCCAACCGGCUCAGGUGGCAGGAUCCACAGGAGCAGCAAAUCCCAAUGUAUGUAUUUAUUUCCUCCCUUGUUCCUGGUGGAAAUCUUCACCCCUUUUUCCUGGUGGGGAGAGGGCACCUUUUUGUGAGUCACCAAAGGUGUCAAAAUCAUGUAGUGGGUUGGCCCUGCCUGUCAGGGUGGCCAAAGCCAAUUCUGUCCUGAAACCAGACCAGAACCUGGAAUGAAAAGGUUCAAGAUAAUAGUUUCAUUCAGUUUGGUGGUGAGCUGGAUAAGCGCAAAACAAGCUGAAACUCGGGUCAGAUGUUCUGAUCCCUUUGGGAGAGACUUUGUAAAUGGGGUUACAUACCUCCUUAAGACAGAGUUGGACAGUUCUCUGGGUGAUCUGAAGUAGGUUAUCAAGGAUUUCUCGCUCAUAGUUGUUUAACUAAGAAUGACCCUACAUUAUAAGUAAGAAUGACCCUAAAUUAUACUCCUCAAAUGAAUAGUUUGGGGAUGUGGGUAGACCAUUCCCAAACUGUAGAAGAACUGAGUUCCAUUCAGUUCUGGUAUCCAAAGCAAACUGCUGAACUGAGAAUUCUUUACACCUGGCUCCAGUUAGUAGAGCUAGUAAAAACAAGCUAGUUCCCUAAACCUGAAGUCUGCCUGAAGGUGCUGGUAUGGUGGAGUGGGAGCAGUGGUCUGGAGCCUUUUUUUUUUACCAGCUUUAGCUGAUUUCCAAACUUUGGGAACUCAUGGGGAAUAGUUCCCUGACCAUUGUUUUGCAUGCUUGUAACUUCUAGAUUGGGUUUCUGCUUCAGGCUGCUCCUGAAGUGCUUUUGCAAACUUCAGCUGAGGGAAUUCAGAAUGUGACAGCCAGAUUAUUGACAAGUAUCAGGGAGCAGAUAGCAUCUAUUUUGAAACAGCUCCCCUGGUUCCUGGGUGGUUUCUGAGUGCAAUUCAAAACAUUUACCUUUCUUGCUCUAAGCAGACUAGUUAGCAUUUUAAAGUAGUGGCCAGAGGUCACCAGUGGCCCUCAGCACUUCAGUUUGCCCUGCCCCCCAACAGCAUUUUAGUUGAAUGGACGCUAACAGCAGUUCUCCACAUGCAUAGUUCAGAGGCGCCUGUGGGAGUUGGUUAGAGAGGGAGGGAGGUAGGAAGGAGCCUGUAAGGUUCAAACUGGAGGGAGGAAAAGAGAAAGAAAGGGAGGAAAUGGAUGUGGAACCAAGCAUGAGCUAUGGGAAGGAGAGUAGUGAAAGGCAUAAAUGUGACUAAGGGGAGAAAAAAAUGAAAAGCUCCCAGUGCUCCUGCUGAGCCUUCCAUGGCUUAUGAUAAGUCUGAUUUGCUGGAGCCUUUGUUUUCCCCACAAUGGACCUGGUUUCUUAUAUUAAAAAUGUAAGACAAUAUGCUAAAACAUCAGUUAACAAAACAAGCUUGGUCUUAAUCCUUUUUAACCUGGGUGCUGUGUGACUUAAGGAUUAACUGCAAAUCUGUAGUGAUGAGUUUGGGAAGUUAGUUGUUUUGUGGUGUUUCCAUUUGCAUAUUAAUGGUAGCAACAUCUUCGGAAGCUAACUUGUUCCCACUUGGGGGGUGUUUUCUCAUUAGAUAGCAGUAGUCCUGAGGAAUCAAGCAGGGCCACUCAGAAUAAAUUGCUGGAGAGCAAAUAUUUUUUUAGGGCACUAGGAAUGUGAAGCUGAUGUGUUGUGUUAAAUCUUGUGUGAUGAAGUGUUUGCUUCCUUCAGUCCUCAGUGUUGCUUAAGCUUAGCUGCUUUCACAGCAUUUUGUUUUCCCUACUUUGGGAAGCUAAAUGCUGCAUGGUGUUUUGAGGAAGUAGCUUAUUUGUAUCAGGCAACCUAUGUUUAUUUGGACAUUGGCAUACUUUUAGCUUCAGUAGUAAUUGAAGUGGUUCUGUUAGUAUUCAAAAACUUCCAUAAUUCUAUCCAAAUCAAUAGAGCAUUGUAUCAAUCCAUGAGAGAGGUAUAUAGAAUAGGAAAGCAGGGCCAUAGCUAGAGGGGGGUGAGGUGGGCCCCCGCAGGGGCACAGGCGAUUCCCCGCCCCCCACAAAAUUGGCUAAAAAUAUGUUCAUAAAUAUAAAUAUAAAUUAUUGCCUCAUAAGAAAUGGUUUUAAAUAGAGGGUGAAUUGAAUGGGUGGAGGGGGGGGGAUGGAGGAGAGGUGGAAAGAAGAGCUAAUUUGUCCAUGGCUAGGGGGCGCAAUCUGAACGGUUCUGCCAGGGGCGCAAGAUCACCUAGCUACGGCUCUGUAGGAAAGCACAUAUUAAAUGGCUUUGGGCUGGUGAUGGUCAAAAUUUUCAGAAUAAUACGUGAUUGAGAGAAGAGAAUUUUUACUGUUUCUAAUAAUUUGUUAUUCCAAACAAUAUUUAAUUUUUCACACUGAAAUUAGUGAUCCUAAUUGGAUGAUUUUAUAAGUACUACACACAAAUUUAGGGCUCUUGGAAAUCCAGAUUUUCCCUUCAAAUUCACAGAGAUAUUCCACAUUUCACCAUGGAAACAUAAACAUAAAAAAUGUGAAUGUGAUUUCUUCCACAAGCUUAAAACAAUUUGGAAUUUCAUCAAGCAGUCUACUACAGUUUUGUUUUUUGUUUUUUUAAAGUUUUAUGAAGCCUACUACAGUUGUUAUGUGAAUUCUAUUCAUUCUAUCUUAGAGCAUUGUAAUAUGUAUUCAAAUAUGAGGUGAAAUAAGCAAUUUCUCAAGAUAAUUCAGCAAGCAACCUUACUGUUCUUCAGCAAAAACCAGUAAAGCCAUUUCAUACCAUAAACAAUGACAUGAAUUUCUAGACUUGUGCUGCUUAGAGAAUCUUCAUAUGCACAUAGUCUUUAAGAGUUCAAAAUCAAUGUUACCGUAUUUUUUGCCCUAUAAGACUCACUUUUUCCCUCCUAAAAAGUAAGGGGAAAUGUAUGUGCAUCUUAUGGAGCGAGUGCAGGCUGUGCAGCUAUCCCAGAAGCCAGAACAGCAAGAGAGAUUCCUGCUUUCACUGCACAGCGAUCCCUCUUGCUGUUCUGGCUUCUGAAAUUCAGAAUUUUUUUUCCUUGUUUUCCUCCUCCAAAAACUAGGUGCGUCUUGUGGUCUGGUGCGUCUUAUAGAGCGAAAAAUACGGUAAUUCCUGUCAUCAACCAUUUGUUUCUAUCAAAAGGCAUCUCCACCAAAUGUGUUAAACAUCUUUCGACUAUGCAUUACAUUUCCAACUCCUAAGUGUUGUGAGUUUCUCUAACUUGGGGCUGGUUCAAACAUUUGUCUAUGGAGCCUCCUAUUGUCCCUGGGAACAAUGCGGCCAUGUGUCAUAUCUGUCCUGAAACAAUUAUUGUAGAGUACUCUUAUUUUUCCAGGUUAAGCUCCACUGUGAUGCCAAAUAGGUGCUAGCGCUAUCUCAAGAAAGAGAAGAACACAAUUCUCUAGUUAUAUAGUCUGCUGAAUAUAAAAAUACAGGAGCAUCUCUAAAAACUGUAGUAACAGGAACUUCAUAGUUCAGGGCAGCAUCCUCACUCUACAUGGUAUCAGAUCAAAAGCUUAAAGGCUAUUUUUUCUUACCCCCCCCCCUUUAUUUUAUUCCAGAUCUCCUCCCACCAGGGGUCUGCAGUCUUCUUAACCCGGCGGCUAUUUAUGCAAAUAAUGAGAUCAGUCUGGGAGAUGUGGAGAUCUAUGGCUUUGAUUAUGAUUACACAUUAGCGCAAUAUUCAAAUUUGUUACAUUCUAUGAUAUUCAACACUGCCAGAGACAUCUUAAUUGAACAGUUUAAGGUAAUGUACCUUAUUCUUGCUGUUUAUUGCCUAGUUACCAAAUGCUGAUUUUAUCCACUUGAUUUGUAGCAGGGCAUGACGGGACAGCAUGGAAACGAUCCUUAGACCAGCGUGUACAUAAUUCUCUACUGAUUGUUUGGGGCUUAUAAAAUAAAUAGCAAGAACAGAUCCUUCCACACCUUUUGUAUGAUAAUAGCUUAGUUCACAAAUAAUAAUAAACAAGUGUUUAGUAUUAUAUUCACAAGCCUUGAGUCCCUGCACUCCCCCCAUGUCCUCUGAUACAGCCACAAGGAGACUGGAAACAUUUACUGUUUUUUUAAACUAACUGGUAUUUGUUUUGACCACACCUGGACAAACCGUAGCUAGUGUUGACUAUGAUUAAGGAUCAUUAACCAUGGUUUGAAGAUUGUUUGUUAACCCUAACCACAGUUUAUCCAGAUUAAUUCAUAAGAGCAAAUGUAGUUAGCUGAACAGGUAAAUAAAUGCUUCCACUCUUCCCCUUGUAGCCAUUCCCAAAAAUGGAUUAUGAUUUUAAUUUAUUGCCCACACUUUGGCCCAAAUCAUGUUACAAUAAUUAAAAAGUAUUACAUUAAAAACAGAUUUAAAGCUUAACAAUUACAGAACAUGCAGUCAAAAAAAGCUCAGGUGUCAAAGCUGUAUACAUACUAAGCUCCCCCACCCUACAGUCACAACUAGGUGUUUAAAAGCUUUCACUUGCAUUUUAAAUUAAUUGCCACUUGCCAUGUUGUCUGAAUCCAGACACACUGUGGUUAAUCUUACUACGGUUAGUUAAAGCCAACUCCAAACCAUAGUUUGUGGAGUGCUCUCCCCAGGGAGGCUUGCCUGGCACCUGUGUUAUGUUUAUUAGUCUUUGGCUAAGUGAACAAUCUGUGGACUUUUAAACUGUAAGGGGUUUUGUUUUUGUUAUGUAUUUUUGUGUUUUCAUAUCGUAAACCUCCCUGUGAUCCUCGGGUGAAGGACGGUAUAAUAAAUAAUAAUCUCUCUUAUUUCAGCUAACUGUAGUUAGGUUAAACCACAGUAUAGUGUAUGGUUGGCACAUUAAACUGUGGGUAAUCUAAAGCAGAAACUUCCAAAGUCAUCCACACAGUCACACUAGAGGGCAGAGUGCACAAGUCCAGGCUCACUGAGAAUAAUUUUUGUAAUGCUAAUUACAAGCCAUAUGUUAGUAUUUUAUUCAAACCAAGCCAUUGUCUCCUGUUUUAUUUUAAUUUUAUAUUGUGUUAUUUGCAUCCUCCCUUUCUGCAAGGUGCUAAAAAUGAUGUACAUAGUUCCCCAAUUUUCAUGUUAUCACCACAACAAUGCUGUGAGUGAUGGAGAAUGAGAGGCAAUAACUGUUUCAAGAUCAUCCUUUGAGUUUUGUAACUGAGCUUGAAUUUGAACCUUAGUCUCCUGGGUUGUAGUCCAACAUUCUGGGUCUUCUGGGUUUCUACUGGUCUUUGGAUAAACAAAAAAACCUGAAUAUAAUGUAGUACACACCCCUGUGAGACAAAACAUACUGAUGCUUUCUAGUGGAAUGUUUUGUAGUACCCAGAAGGACUCAGAAAAUAUGAAUACAUUCCUGGAUUUGCCAUAAGAGGGCUUCACUAUGAUGUCCACAAGGUAAGAUAUACAACUUCAGUCUUUGUUCAUGUGUUAGCUUGCUGUAUUCAUAGAGACGAACAAGGGAGCUUGUGAGUUGUAUGCCCACUGGAAAUAUCUGUGUGCAUGGUGAGCUAAUGACUGCUAAAAAUCAUGGCUACCCUUAGAAUAAGAAGUGUAAUUAUCAAUGACUUUGAGUGUUUGGGCAGGCAGCCCUUUGGGUGACUUGACCAAUCACACAUUGACUUGGGAGCAUUGCCAGAGUGCACUGCAUUGUCAAAGAGGUGAAGCUGGGUGUUGGUACAGGCUCUUUCACAUCUUUGUCAGCAAAAUACCUGGGGAAGAUUAAGGGAUUUGUUUUGUUUGCUGGGCAACACUGUUAAUAGUAUGUAAGACACUGUUAUGUUGUAGUGAUGCUAGAAAUCAUAUAAUUGUAAAGAUGGGAGGGACCCUGAGGAUCAUCUAGUCCAAACCCCCUGACAUGCAGGGAUAUGCAGCUGUCCCAUAAGGGGAUCAAUCCUGCAACCUUGGUGUGUUAGCACCACACUCUAACCAACUGAGCUAUCAAGGCUCCUCAGACUUUGUCUUGUAGCUACAGGUCAUUUGCAACUUGUGUGCAUUUAACUUGCGCACAUUAUUGCUUCAUGCACUUGGCAUAUAUAAAUAUGUGUGUGUGUGUGUUUUAAAGGGGGAGGGUGUCUUUCCACACAUAACAGAAGAGAAACUUGGGCAAUUUUAUGAGGUUGGGAGUUUUAGUCUUUAAUCCAGUGGAAUGUGAAGCAUGAGUGUCUGCAUAGAUGAAAACAAGAUAAACAGGGCAGCCCCAUUAUAUAGCAUGCAAAUUUACAAUUGCUCCUACAAUUCUACAGUGCUGUUCUAGUUUCCCAUGGAAGUUCCUCAUAUGCACCCUAAAAAAGUGAUAUAUGUGUGUUGUGCUCAACUGUGUUCUUAAUGGGACAGCAAGAUUAAAAAAUAAACAUAUCAUAAAAGCCUGGUUAAUAUAACAGUAUGGUGUUCCUAUGGGGCCAGGAUUAUUCAGGAGUAAUUUCCUUCCCUCAUCCUUUUGGCUUCUGCAUACAAGGCAUUAGUUUCAACUUAACAAGCAUUGGACUGGGGCCAGACAGCUAGCUUGUCAAAUACAUAGAACACAAUAAUAUAUGAAACCCAUAUGAUAUUUGCACAGAACUAUCAAUCACCCUCAGCUGAGGAGUCUUGGGGCUAGAGAAGAUGACUUUUAAAAAAGGAUUUGGAAAGUAUUUUAUAGCUUCCAAACUACCAAGGUGAGAGAUUUAACACUGAACAUACUUCUUUUUUAAAAACUUGAAGUUCAGUAUUGUAAGGAAUUGCCGUAGAACACUUUUCUGCUUAUAUCACAUUCUCUGCUCCUCCUACCCCUCCAUCCAGCAAGGAAAAAUAAGUCAUGCAUGUCUGGUCCUCAGUGAGAAAAGACAGAACAAAGUGCCCAGAGUUCACCAACAGAGAUCCCUGUGCUCCCAGUGUCCUUCGCUGAUAAUUGCAUAGUAUAUGUUUGAGUAUUGAGGGAGUUGUUGCAAACAGGAGCCCUCUUAGCUAACAUGCAGUUAUGUGCCAACCUGCUGAGUACGAAAAGUUUAUUUAGCAAGUACACAGUUCAAACUUGUGGGGGAACCUGAAGCACGUAAGUGUUUUGAAUGUUCUGCAUGCCCAUUUAUUUUCAUGUUGUGUUCAGUGGGGAGGAAUGGAUGGUGCCUUUAGAGUUAUGCUUUGAGACAUGGUUUCUUCCUCGGUUUCCCCUUCCCUUGCUUACAUGUGUGGACUGCCUUGCCCUUUCACUCAUAAUUGCAGAAGUGGAAUUAAAGUUCCCGGUGGCUGUGUGUAAUUCUGAAGCAAAGUUCCUCCUUAAGGGGGAUGAGAAGACAAGUGAUCCUCACCUACCUGUCUCCUCCCUGCCCUUAAGCUGCUGGGUAGGAGUGUAUGCCAAGUUCUCCAUAACCAAAUUCCCAUAUGUGUGCUCUUUGCUCUCUAGCCAUGAGUCCAGACAGUGUGGCUUCAUGCUGCGUGUCUUAUGUGAGCUGUCUCUUUCUUCCCUGGCUGUGGCUCAGAUUGGUCCUUGAAUUAGUUGGAAUCCUGUUGGCUGUUGUGACUUUGGAGGCGGAGCACAGCUAGGCUGCCAUUCGAGACACUCUGUUGAAAGUGUGUUUACUUGCGCUGUCUCUUUUGCAAAUGUUACAUUUUACCAUCAGGACCAGGGUUGUCACCAAACAACCGUAGGAUUCUUCUGAAUAACUUCUACAAUACCUCCAAAUUUCCCUCCAUGCCCAAUGGUAACCAGUAGAAGGCUCUUGCUUUAUAUUUUGCUAUAUGUGCUUGGUGUGGUGGUGGUUUUGUUCUGCAGGGACAGAGGAGUUUAGUAGCACUCCCUCUCAGUGCACCUUAACGCAUGACUAGCAAUCUGUGAGUGGAAUUUAAGAAUGCGUUACAAUAGGAGGAUCAGUUUAGAUAGGACUGACUUAUUUUAAUGUUAGGUUCUGCAGAAUGAGUAAAAUAUACAGAGGAUCUUCUCAGUAAAGGUCUGCUUAUCUUUCAGAGCCUUCUGAUGAAGAUUGAUGCUUUCCACUAUGUUCAGUUGGGUACUGCAUAUCAGUGAGUUGAAUACUCUUUUAAAAUAUAUGCGAAUAUAAGGCAAAUUAAAAUGCAAACUCUGUACAUGUACAUUCUCUUUCUGGAUCUGUUGCCUUUUGUUUGCUCUUAUUAAAGCUUGUUGCUUUGAUGCAGCAUUUUAAUGGCCACAUGUAGUAGGAGUGAAAGCCUAAUUAUAUUUUAUUGGCAGAGAUUAAACUCUUGUUUACACAAUUGAAUUCCAGGUCUGUGACUUAAGUCAGUGCAGGCAGAACACGCUGGCAAGACUUACUGAAGUCGGAUGUUCUCUUUAUCUCACUGUCCCUCACUAAGAAAUUGAAACGUGCACAAGUUGCAUCAACGGUUUAAAAAAGGAAGCUGGCAUCCCGCCCUGAUAAAUAUGCUUAACUGCCACAUUCAUUAGUGAAGUUGUGUGGAAAGAUCCUUUCUGAGCAUAAAAAAACAAAACCCAGUAGCAGUCAAUUAAGAGCUGAGUCAAAAGUUCAGAACAUGAUGUUCGAAGUGAAUGUUUAAUCAUUUAUUUAUUUAUCUAAAGUAACUGAUUGUAGUUAUUGCUUUGCAAAAUGCACAAAAAUGAUGUCCUGUUGUGCAUGCAUAUCUGCCAGUUAGAUUGAAUAGGUUUUAAUUUUGUGAGUAAUGCAGUGAGAGGGGGCAGGCAGCAGGUACUAGCUGUGCCAUCUUGGAACCAGAGUCUAGUGGAAAUUCUCCCCUGGAGAAGCAAUUAUUGUCAUUGUGCCCGGGCUCCACUGACACUUAUUCUCCUUUCUGUUGCAACUGUCGUGGUAUCCCAUUACUUUGCCCAGCUGUCUCAACCACAUAACCGUCCAAUCCAGCUGAAUAACUUCUUAAGAUGCAAUACCAAGAACACUGGCUUAGCCAAGGAGAGCUUAAAUUCCUUUUGUAUCCUAUAGACUCACAUGGGUUUGGACUCAAUUCUUCGUUUAGCCAACUUUCGUUUUGUUAAUAACUUUGGUGUGUGUAGAUUCUCUGGUUCCUUCUAUUAGCUUCACAUACCUUGUCCUUUUCAAUGUCACUUUUGAUACAAUUGUAAUAAAAGCAUUCCAGCUGAAAAACAAUGAAACAUGAAGCUGUCUUGCAUGAUUCUGAAGCUACUUUUUUGUUUUUUGUUUUAAAUUUUUUAUAAAUCUUUAUUAAACAUUCAAUACAUAUUUACAAAACAAUUUGCCAUAUUACAGUUUAUGCAUGAACACUACACAAGAAAAAGAAAAAUACAACAAAAAAUAAAUAAAAAGGAAAAGGAAAUAAAAAAUGACAGUAAGAAAGAUAAAAUAAACUUCUGAUUGUUCUCAAAAAAACUAAGUCUCAUUUGUUAUUUUUUACACAGUAUCAUAUUAUUAUAUUUUGUUUCCUUAAUUUCCUUCAGAGAAAUAUUCUUUAGUUUGUUGUCUAUACAUUAUAUGAAGCUGUCCUGCAUGAUUCAGAAGCUACUUCAAAAGAUGCUUGAUAAUAUUCAGACACUACUGUUUUAUGCAGUGAGUUGAAUCAUUGAAGGAUAUUGGGUCAAUGCUGAAGCACCUGAAAUUUAACACUCCUCAUAAAAGAAUACAGUGAACCUUUAUUAACAUGGUGAUAAAACCAAGAGGAGCCAUGUUGGUUGAUUUGCACUUCCAAAGCACAUACCUAUUAUAUAACUUUUUAAAAAAUGUUGCACAGAAUAACCAAUCAGAAAUGAUUCUCAGUGAAGUGAACACAGCUGGCUACCAAUUUAUAAAUGACCUGUGAAAAGUUUAAUCUCUGCUUUCUUUGAUUCUGGGGCAGCUGAAAGGCCCAUGCUGUGAUAGAAAUAGACUUUCAUUCCAGUCUGUCCUUUUUCUCCUUUCUGGCAUUUAUCUCACUUGAGGUUGACAUCCAGUCUUUUAACUUGCUUAUAGAGGGCUGAAACCAGUGCCUGAUGAAGAGGUCAUUGAAAUGUAUGGCGGGACCCAGCAUAUUCCAUUAUACCAGAUGAGUGACUUUUACGGCAAGGUACCGUAAGCUUCGUUAUUGACCAUUUAAUAAAAUGGGGCUUUGGCUCUUCUUAAUAACUGAGAAAUCCAAUAUGCAGGAAUUAAGUGAAAAUGCCAGUGAUUUCUUCCAAGUGUGAAAAGGCAGCACUUGCCAGUUUAAACAUACUGUUUCUUCAGGAGCAUAUGCACAAUUUGUCAGGGAGACAGUGAGUCUGGUUGACUUUUGUAAAAUAAUCUUAAAUUUGUUGGCUGACUGGAUGACUCCAGAUAUGACCACCUAGGGAGCACUUUAAGUAUUAUUACUAGCAAUGCUGAAUAAUUAUUCAUAUUUUUGCAUAGUACUUAUGCAUCUGUUCAUCUUUCUUGGGAGUGGUCAUCUCUGGGGCUCUGCUGUUCCAAUGAGCAUUCCAGAAGUCUGGGUAUCUGUCAGCAUAUUUAUACAAAGCCCCAACAGCCAUGGUGUUAAUAUGGAGAUUAGAUCUCUUGCAUGUUUUUACAACCAUUUCAACCCUUCAAAUCUAAGUUUGUUGUUGUUUUUCAACACUAUUUCAAUUUAGUAGCACUGCAGAGGACUAGAUGAAGUUGUUCAAUGGCCAGAUAGGAUCUGUAAGCUACCAGAUAGCCACCCCAACUCACUGUAUAGUGUUCCUUUUCAAAGGACUUAAUAGCAACUUAUUAAAAGAAAAUAUUUUUCUCUAGACUUGUAAUUUGACGCUCUGCAUUUAUUCAGAAAUAGUGUUCUCUCAGAGACAGUUCAGACACUACGUCACUCUCUGAAUCUCUCUGCACAGCUAAAUCAUGAGCAAAUCUCAGGCUUGUGUACUCAUUCCUCAAGGUCAGUGAGAUAGUGCAUUCAGAUAAACAUAGGCUUUUCUGGUGCAAGUGUUGCCUUACUCUCCUUCUCGUCAUUUUUUAUGCAUUAAGGUUCACAGAUAAAGUAACAUUUGAACAAUUCCCUAGUUCCAAUUUUUGAAAUACAUUGUCCUUCUCCCACUGGACAGGGAGACGUGCAAUACACACCUUUAGAACAGAAGUAAUACUUGUAUGUAACACAUUGGGUUGUACUCAGCAAAUUCAUCCAAGAAGGACUCCUCCUGUCUUCCCAUGUCCCCCUCUCCACAGUUGAUCCAGAAGGUUGGAAGGACCCCAGAACAAGAUUUUGGGUAAAGGGGCUCAAGGGGUGUAGAGGAAGUUCCUUUGCGUAGGCAGAAGUUUUUCCAUUAAUGGGGUGACUUGGUUGGAUACAAUAUGUUACAUUUCAGUGGAGUCCAGAAGUAGUUUUGUGACAGUAAAACAUUUGUGUACGCUCCUCAGCCGGAUUCCUUCUCAUUUGUAGAAGAUUGUGAAAUGCCAGAAAUCUGUCUUUAAACAGCUGACUUCUGCUAAUCUGAUCACUUCCCUGGUGCAAGGCAGUGUGCUGAGGAUGCAUUGAAUGGGAAAGAACAUGCCCUCCUUGUUCUUCCAGUCUAACCAGACUCCCACCCUCUCAAAUACUAGGAUUCUGAAAGGAUGAGGGAGAUCUGACAACUGAGAGAUGACUGGCAAGAAAGCCCUGAUACAUUUCAGAGUGGGUCGGUCAUUAGAGGAUCAAAAAUCCCUUUUCCUGACCUGAGCUGGACUAGUACCCUGUUCCUCACUUCAUGAGAGUAUGUAAUCUCUCAUGAAUUUUGGGAGGGGGGAUGUGUGCCUAAAGGGCAUUACAUUCAUAGCCUACCCGUCGGUAGAGAUGUGUAAGCUGUUGUUUGCUGCCAAUUGAUCUGCAGAACAGCUGCCUUUUCUAGAGAAGUUUUUCUGUUUCUGUGAGGUUCCUUCAACAGUACAGUCAUGUCUUCAUGUUUCCUUGCCCUCAUUGGGUACAGGUCUGUGGGAAAGGCCGGUAAAUGGUGUGUGUAUUCAUCCAUUAACAAUUUCCUAAAGGUUGGUACAAAUUAUUCCUGCAUACUAGGAAUAAUUCAGUUUUAUUUCUAUCUUCGUGGGAGCAGGGCCUAAUAUGUGUUUUACAUGAUCAUACUGUACAAUCAAAAGGUGUACGGUAUUCACCAUCCUGUAAAUUGUAAUGUCAUAAAAAAAUAGCUGUGGAGAUAUGCUUUAAUAGGAGCGAUGUUCAGUGAAAUCUUAAAAGACAGAGAGCAUAGUUGCAGUAGACAGAUUUUUGGUGCUUUAUAUAGCUUUUUGCAAAACAAAAAAAACCAAAACCCAUUACACACCAUGGUUAAACAUGACUUAUUUGUCCUUCAUGACAGCUCUGUGAGUUAGGAAAGUUUUGAGAGAGAAUUGUUUGCUCAAUGGUAGAUUAACCAUAUCUAAAGCAAACACUGUUGUCUCAUACACCAUGGAUGUAUGAUGUGAUGACAAAAAAGGGAAAUUCUGACCCAUGAGGUUUUUUAUAAUUGCUUGAAGAAAGAACUAAAUUACAUUGAUUUUUAAAAAGACCUUUUAACUAUGCAGUACAUUUUUUCUUUGCAUUUGGAUUGAGUAAGAAACAUCUAUUCCUAUGCAGUAUUUGUCUGUUUUUAAUCUAAAACUUUGUAGGUGGUGGUCUGCUGGCGGGGAGAAUCCCUUCUGUUUUAACAAAGAUCAUUCUAGCUUCCUUGGCUUCUCCCAAUACUUUUUUCUUUCCCUGACCUCUUCCUCCAUUAAGAUAAUAUGCAGUUACCUUAUAGCAGAUAUUCCAUGUUCUGCUAUACUUUAAAGUAAACUCUAGGUCUGCAGUUCAGGCUCCCACUAGUGCAACUAUUCAUUGGUUUUUCUUAUUUAAAAUAAUUAUCUCCCCUCCUGGGGUCCUUUGAACACAUUUAAGGCUGCUUAUUACAUUGUUUUAAGGGUUUCAUCAAGAAAUUAAAAGUAUCUGAUUAAAAUAUGGGAAGCAUUGGAGAUGAUACAUGUAUUAAAAAAACACAAGAUAUUGGUAGAAUAGUUAGCUUAGCAAGUCAGAAGCCUAAAAAGAAGGAAGGUAGGGCUUGAAUGGUCUGAUAACGUGGUAUUGAUUAGUUUAUUGCUCUAGUGUGUGCAUUGACAGUGUACAUAAGUCCCUUCCAACUGACAGACCAGAAAUAAUUUGUUGAUGUCAUUAUAGUUGGAAGGUGAUUUCUGUUGAAUUAGGUCUUGACUAGUUAAGGUCAUUAUGGUGUAGCUGUUUUGCUUAAUCAGCAAUGAUACCAGCCCCCUGGCCAUAUGGCAGUUAGUAUCUGAUUUCUGUUUAAUAAAAGUGUUUCUUAGCAUAAUCUGUAUUAUAAAGCAGAUUAUUCCUUUAGUCAGAUGAAAGGAAAGGUCAUAUUUCAAUAAUUUUCAGUUGUUAACAGACUGCCACAUACGGCUUUAAUUUGUAGUUCAGUCUUGGCUUUUUUCUUUUUUUUGUACUGUUCAGCUGCUAAAAGAGAACAGAUUUUUGUCUGUGUCAUUGCUGCCACUUCUAGAGACUCCCAUUUCUUUAAAGACCUGAGAAAUUGGGAACUACUUCUUGAAAUAAACAAAUCACCAGGUACAGUAGUAUCCUACUAUUUGCUAUACCCUUUUAGUGACCAGAAAAUUUAGUGACUAGAAUAGGCACUGGAGGUUCAUGAUAGCACAGAGUUUGAGAUCACUGAUAUUUUCUCAUAUCCUGCAUGUCAGUGCAGUUCAGUCUAGGGUACUUAUAUUUAUUUUAUUUUUAUUUCAUUUAGCUUGUUUUAAUACAGCUAAAUCCAAAUGCUUCAAAUAGACUUGGGCUGUAUUGCCUCAAAAGAUUGGGGAAAAGACUUUUUUUUUGUUCUAUACAAUAACACAUAUACAUUCCUGACCAUUACUAAUCUGUCCCCACAAUGGUCCCAUGCAAAUCAAAAGCUAAUCAAUCACUUAUCCCUCUAUCUACUAUGUUUUUUCCAUGCCUGAUAGCAUGUGAAUACCAUGCAAUAGGUUUAUCCCCUUGCAUCAUGACAAAGAUUUGCUGUACCUAUGUGUGUGCAAUCUCUCUAUAAACCAAGCCUCUGUUCAGUUGCUAUAGUGAAAUGGUGAACACGUGAGUGCAGUCACCUUUCUAUACAGAAGUGACUAUAUAAACUGAUUAUACAGUUAAAAAUAUAUAGCAAUCCAAACCCAAUCCAAUUUUGAAUAUAAUUUGUAGAUCAAAGGUUAAUGGAUCAGCGAAGUUCCUUUAAAGAGGUAUAUUAAUACCAAGGAAUGAAUACAUAAUUAUUUACAACGUUGCAGUUUUUAAUAACGUGAAUGAUUUUGUUUCCUGAGUGGGAUUUUUAAUUAAUUUACUUUGGUAAAUUUGGUAAUGUUAUUUGUUUUUGUAUUCCUUGGCCAUAUGAAGUUGCCGCUGAAGCAGUUUUUUCGUGUGUGUGUGUGUGUGUGUUAUAUCCCAUCUUUUGAGACCAUUAGGUGAGCGAAAGGCAGCCCAAGACAGCAGUAAAACAACCUCAACAACAUAAUAGUAGCUUAAAAAAGCAGACAUCAGCAGAUGGGUGUUUCUUUACGUCAGUCCCAAAGCUGAUGGAAAAAGAGGGGGCUUGCUAAUCUUUCACAAAUCCUGAGAGAAUUAGAUGCAUGCCAGUUAAGUAUCCAUGUUCCCAGUGUUGUUUACCAGAGUCUCUAAAAUCAUCUCAUACUUGCCUAGUUACAGUAAGUCUCUGACUCCUGUACAUGCAUGCCAUGUUUGAUUCAUUGCUUUGGAGAGGAAAACCACAGCUGCCGAUUCAAAAACUUCAGUAACUCUCUAUUAUUGCAUUCACAGAGGGUACGCUGUGUUCAGCUGAAAUGUGAGACACUCCCACUUCCUAUAGAAGUACAUUAUGUUAAACAGCAGUUUUUAUAUUGUGUUUCCUCUUUUGGACAGGGUCCAUCAAUUAAGCAGUUUAUGGACAUCUUCUCCCUUCCUGAAAUGACUCUGCUUUCAUCCGUGACUGACUAUUUCAUGACUCACAAUAUUGAGUAUGACCAAGUUCAUCUUUACAAGGAUAUAAGUGUGAGUACAGCUGUUUUAGGGUAUAGGUGAAAACUCUGCCUUUGGCAGUCCCGUGUCUUAUAUGAGGGUUGCGUUGUACAAGCAUAAUGUAUCAUUGUCAAAUAGUAAUAAAUAAAUAAAGGAGACAAAAAAAAUCAAGCAACCAUUAAUUAUUAUUUUAAUUAGCAUGAAGUAUAGAGAAUAUCUAUAUUGCAUUUUCCAGAGGGGCAGCCAUGUUAUUCUGUUGCAGCGAAAGCACCAGUCUUGUGGUACCUUAAAGCCUUAACAUGUUUUAUUGUGGCAUAUGCUUUGGUGGACUGGAUUCCACUUCAUCUUUAAGGUGUCAUGACUCUGCUUUGUACAUUGCUUCUGUCAUUUGUCAUCUUCAGUAAUACUCCUAAGCUGCUUUUUUUCAACACCUAUAGGAACCUGACCACACAAGCAGAAUUCUGCUUAUACAUCUUUAGCAUCACAGUUGCUUUGGACUAUAAAUUUAAAUAUACCCAUGUAUCAGUGACUUCAGUGGAUUCAUGGAAAUUACUUAUCAUUUGGUUUCUCUGUUACACACACACACACACACACACACACACACAGCGCCUUCAAAGUUCACUGAUACACAGACUGUGUUAGUGCUUUGGGUGCAGAUUUCCUACAUCAUAUGUCAAGUUCCUGACAGUUUUCUCUUUUGAUGAUUACUUUAUAAAGCGGCAUUUACAUUGAUGGUGCUGUAUAAUACAAUACAAGGUUUAAGACUUAUGCAUAACUACUCGUUGCUGUUUUAGGAUGCCAUUAAAGAUGUCCAUGUGAAAGGAAUGAUGUACAAAUGGAUUGAAAAGGACAUGGGUCAGUUAAGUUCUAAACUUUGAUUAAGGUUUUUUUGAAUAGUAAUGAACACUGUCUGGCAUCUAAUGGCUUUAGAUUAAUGGUUUUGAACCACCAAACUGAAAUUUGCCUAAAUGUUUUCUUAUUUUUUGUCAUAGUGUUGUGUACUUCUACAUUAUGCUUAGCUUAAUCUGUUUCUUGCAGAAAAAUAUAUUCUUCAUGGAGAUGAAACUUAUGCUGUCCUAAAUCGACUGGUUAACCAUAACAAAAAACUAUUUCUUAUCACAAACAGUCCUUUUAGCUUUGUGUAAGUAUCAUCUCUUACGCAUCUUGAUGAAAUGGUUGCUUAUGUGCAAAUGUUAAAUGACAGUAGUAAUUGUUCAGUGUAGACCAUCUGGAUAGCAGCUUUCUUAUGUAAACAUUUUUAAUUGUGGGAAGAUAAGAUUUUAUUAUUGUUAUAAUAACAUGAGGAUCUAUUUGUGUAUUUGAUUUGUUACCCUGCUUUCACCAUCAGGUGAUGGUGGCGUUCAGUUAACAACGUAAUCAUACCAUUACAAACAAGUACAGCAAGUUUUAGCAAAGAAUUGUACACGACUGUGAAACUGGAGAAACUGCAUUGCUAGUUCUGUGGUUGCAAAGUUAAAUUUGAGAAGUGAUUGUAAUCAUUCCUAAGGGCACAGUUCUGUCCUGGUACAUGCACAGGUCUGUUUCGUUGUCCCACCUUGGUAUGCAUAGGUGCAUGUGGACUCAACUCUAUGGUCUGUGUGCCUCUGAUAUUUCCAACUCACCCUCCCUGUUUGCCUGCUAUGAGUGACUCAUGCUAUGGAUCUGAAUUACUGGAACAGCCCAAAGGAAAGGGCUGGCUGGGGAUAGAGAAGGUAAAUACAAGCAUCCUGUUUUCUGUAAUGUUCUGGUGGUGUGUGGUGCUUCCACACGUGCCAAAGUGAAAAGUAACUUGGCUCUGAUUAGAUCUCUGGAUGCACCCCAUCUUCAUGCAGGAUUGUGCAAUAAAAUAGAACAUUGUAUGCAUUAUAGGAAACCUAAUGAAUAGAUAGAUGGUAAUGGGCCAAAGCCUUCAGAUUCUAUAGUAAACUCCUUUUUAAGAAAAUCAACUCUCCCAUAAUAGGUGUUUUUUGUAGGCUUUGGUAAUGGAACAUGUUCUUCAUCCAUGCCUUCGCAGAACUGAAGGUGCUAUUCUGUUGUUGUUGAUCUAGGUUGGAAAUGACUUGGAGCCAUUUAUCUCACGAAUUAACUACCAAGUGCCUCUCUAAGAAACCUCCGCAGGAGCCCUCAAAAUGCUGAAGCCUUCUUCACAUGUAAUAUGGUGGCAAAUGCAUGUUUGCCGCUGCAUGUGUUAUGCAGCAAGUGACACCCGUCCUGGCUUCCUAGCCUAGUUCACGAAUGGACUAGCCAGUAUGAACCUUUUAGGCAUGGUUGAGGUCUUGUCAAGCUGAACUCAGAAGCCAUGGGGAACUUCAGGCAGGGAAGGAUUGGAGAAUACCGUAUUUUUCGCUCUAUAACACGCACCCGACCAUAACACACACGUAGUUUUUAGAGGAGGAAAAUCCGUAGGCAUGCCACCCGUAGGCAUUCCCUCCAUAACACGCACAGACAUUUCUCCUUACUUUCUAGGAGGAAAAAAGUGAGUGUUAUGGUGCAAAAAAUACGGUAAUUUAAUUCACAGGGCCUUAACAACUUGGGGACCACCUGAUUCCUUAACUGGCCUGUCUGAUCACCCAGGUCUUCAGGGGAGCUGCUGUUAGUUGACCCUUGUGGCUCUGACACAUGGAGUGGAAUUCAACAUAGGGACAACAAGACUUUUCUCCUGUGGGGCCCUCACACACUCCCUAAGUCUGUUCUGGGUUUUCCUCCAGGACAUAUUUGGGGGAUGCAGGGCAGGGAAGAGGGAGAAUACGGCCCAUUGCGCUAGCAGACCUUGUUCUGGGCACACGACAACUUAGUUGAAUUCUGCUCUUGGCUUGCAUGCGCCAGAAGUUGUGUGCUCAGUAUUGUGGGCCCAGUUCUCUGGAAUGCCUUUGAGAUCUGACAGGGGUCUACCCUGUCAAACUUGAGGUGCUUGGUGAACAGUUUUAAAAACAUUUAAAGAAAACUUUACUGAUUUUCAUAGUUAAUAUUUUUCUCUUUUGUAACCUCAUUGUACACUGCUACAUAAAUUGCUUAAAUAAAUAAAUAAAGUUGCAGAACAUGAAGAACAGUGUAUGUAUUGAAGAUAGCCUAAUGAACACAUGUAAAUGGACUGAAGCUUUCUUACUUUUUGACUGCUUCUGAAGCCUAGCACAGUACUGAGGACAAAACCCCAACCCUUUCCUGAGCAUGGAGAAAGGCUCCCUUCUGGAAUUGGUUUGCAUUUUGGAGGUACCCAGAGUAGAAGUAAGAAGGCUUGGGGCAGUAUCCAGUACAUUUUUUUCAUUAAUUCAAGGAUUUGCACUUGCACAAUGGAAUUAUGCCCUCCCAAAAACGUUCUAGACCGUUGGGAAGAACCACCAGAACAAUUUUAGAGGGCACAGAGAAGGACAGCCGAGCAGAGUUUCAUUGCACACAAAAAAAUCCUUGCACUAAUGACAUUAAUUUUAUAUUAUUGCCUUGACUGCUUCUGGAAUUCAGAGUAAAGGGAGGAAAAAUCAUUUUGUGGACCACAUCUUUGUGUAGGUGAACAGUAAGCCCUAACAAAACUCAGCUCCUGCUGUGCUGUUAGGAAGGCAGGUUAGAAUUUUUUUAAAAAGAAAAAAUAUUGGCAGAUAAUCCAUGUCUUUCAUCAGAUCAAAAUGAAAUCUUUCUCUAGAGUACCAUACACUGGAUUAAAUGAAAUAACCUUUCCCUGUUUUUGUCUGCAGUGAUAAAGGAAUGAAGCACAUGGUUGGCAAGAACUGGCGAGACCUUUUCGACAUGGUCAUUGUGCAAGCAGAUAAGCCAAAUUUCUUCACUGAUAGACGCAAGUAUGUUUUGAGUUGGAGUAUACCAGAACUAUAUGUUACAUUUAACUUUGCAGCUGUUACACAAAAUGGCAACUGCAGAUUCGGUGCUUCUCUGCCCCACAUCAUUAGUUGAUGAUAAAGGGGGGCAGAGCCAGGAAUGUGGAACAUCCUGAAGUCAGGCUAUGGGCAGGAAUCCUGACUGGUGGGGUGAGGAAAGAGAGGAAUUAAGUAUGCAAUUGCCAUGUUUUGACAGCAGCUGUUCAUUAGCAGUAGUGGGUUUCCUUUCAAGAUGCCAAAUUACUUGUUUGCAUUUUCAAAUUCUGGUGAGAUCAAGAUGCCAAAUUACUUGUUUGCAUUUUCAAAUUCUGGUGAGAUCAACCCAAACAAGCUCCUUCUUCUAAAACUGCUUGUUUGUCAAAUUGUACAGAAAUGUAUUAUGUUAAUUCCCUGCCUUUUGCAGAGUAUUUGAAGUCUUUAAUACUGUGUGUAAUGCAAGCCAUUGACGUCAAGCAUCCAUGUACAAUAAGUCAAAUAACUAUUUUGACUUUUCCUCUAUCCCAGCUGCCAUGUGUGUUGAAGUGGUUAUAUAUAUUGAGUCCCUAACAUCCUAGAAAAAGAAAGCAUGCAGUGGCUGUUUUUUCUCUUAAAGCAGACCAUACAUUUUCAUUAUGCAAACUGUUGUGAAUAAAUGGGCCAAUUUCUUUCCUCCUGCUGCUUUCAUUAACAAACUUUUGAACAGUUCACAUAAUAAGACUAAUGAUGAUUUAACACAAAGUGACUUAAGGAAUCACUUCCCAUUUGUCAUCUUAAUUCAAGUUUCCAUAGCAAGAUUCACUCGUUUGCAGGCCUGUAACAGCAGUUGUUUGACUUUUGUAGACCCUUCAGGAAAAUGGAUGAAAAAGGUUCACUUCACUGGGAUAAAAUAAGCAAACUGGAAAAGGGGAAAAUUUACAAACAGGUAAGACUACUUAACAGUAUCUUAUCACUUCAUGGCUUAGCUUAAGGAUACUAGAACUUUUUUGAGUCACUUUGAAGUAUGUGAGCAAGCAUGAAAUAGGUAUUUGCUACUCUUCUUCAAAAGCUGUAAUUUUAUACUUUUUUCAUAGCUUCUUUAUUUCCAUUUUCUUAGAAUCUCCCAUUCUUAGAACUGUGAUGCAAAUAUGUCAUAAGAUAAAAGCUGAGGUGGAUAGUUACUCUCUGAAGUCAUAAACAUAUUUGUCCUGUUCUUUUGAAAUGAUUUCAUCCCAUUGUUUCUGAAGGAAAACAGUCGAGCAAGAUUUUGUUUUCCUAUUUUAAUAUGUAGACGAGGUUGUCUUGUUCCGCAGGUAGACUAGGAGUUAGCAGGGUCUUGAAAAAUCUUUUGAGGAAGGCUAGAAGAUUAUUGAUCAGUAGAAGAUAUCACGAAAAAUUGUUAGUAACCCACUUUAUGUGAUUCGCAGUUGAGCUCUCUAAAAUUCAGAAAUGGUUCUGAGGCAGUGCUGUGAUCAAAUCAGGCCUUCAGAAUUAUAAUGUCAAAGUAUUUCAUUGCUGAGUCAAUGAUUUCGGACAUAACAAUAUGGUGCCAAUUGGACAAUGGCUGUAGCAUCAUCCAAACAAAUAUAAUAUGGCUAAAUAUCUUCAGGAUUUGUUAAUAGAAUGCUGUGUGGAUGAGACUAGGAAGAUGAGGAAGGCUCUGUAUAUUCAUACCAUAUGUGACCUAAUACAUGGGUAAAAGUGUCCCAGUAGGGAAAUCAUUUUGACCCGCAGUUUCCUAGUUAUGUUUUUCCCAGAUGUCUUUAUUACCAGACUCUUGUCUUAGAAUCCGAUAUGUUAAAACCUUCCCAGCACAAACAUUUGAAUGGUUGUCAUAGUUAGGGAGAUGAUUAUUGGUGUGUGUGUAUGUGGUUGACAACAAAUUCCCUCUGAAAUUAACACAUUUCUCCAUUCUUACUAGGCAUGCCAAUGUUGGGAAAGUUUCCUAAAGUUGGAAUUGGGAUGAUCUUUUAAACAGCAAAAAAUGUCAUUCAUUCAUCCUGCGUGAAUUUGAAUGUGAUGGGUUGGGAUUGACGUCAGUGAUGAUGGAAGUCUAGUUCUGGUCAUGCCAGGAUUCAUUAGGAAGCAUGAGUAAUAGUGGAGGGAACCCAGCAGCCUGUGUUUUGCUGCUAGGAUAUCUGAGGACAGAUCUGCCUUGCAGCCCAGUCAAAACAUACAGAAGUUGGGCCAGUGGGAGAAGCUUAGGAACAGAUAAUGGUCACUGCAAAAAAGUAAGUGUACCUUUAUAAGGUAGCCUGUGUCCCACUUUGAGGGCCCUGGGAAUAGCAUAUUGAAAUUGGGCCUAGACUAUCUUGAAAUUAAUGUUCAGCACAUAGCAAAUCACUAACAUAAAUCAUGACUUAGCUAUGCUUUAAAGCAGACCCAUUUAAAGUAAUGGGACCGAAAUUAAUCAUUACUAACAUCAGUCCCAUUGCUUUCGGGAUACAACCCCUUUUUGUUUGUAGUUUUUCAACUGUAGUAUUGGAGUACCAGUGGAUUGUCGUACAAAGCUACAGUGAGGCUAAAUCAGAUAAGAACUUAACUCACCGCACACUUAGGGAUCAGUUAGUCUAUAAAUUUAGGAAUGGUUCCUUGAAUACAAACAACGUGCAAGAUAUGAAUUUGUAGGAACGAUGGGAUUAUAAAUCUAGCGUUCCAAAGUCGCCAUUUCCCCUAAUUUGACAAAGUUCCCGUGAGAACUCCUUAAGCUUUUACCCAUGGAUGUUUUUUUUAAUAAGCGGCUUAUUCUGAACAAAUAUUUUCUCUUUGUUUCCUUGGCUCUGUAGAAAAAUCAAAGUAGUGAGAGACUUAUUUUUUUGACCUUUUCAAGACCGGCACACACUGUUUUUCUUUGCAAGAAGAAACCAGAUAUUUAAGUUUAUUCUCACAUUCUUUUGUUCAUCUUAUGUUUCAAGGGCAAUCUGUUUGAUUUUCUGCGGCUAACAGGCUGGCGUGGGUCCAAGGUCCUUUAUUUUGGUGACCAUUUGUACAGCGACCUUGCAGUAAGUACUCCAGUCCCACUUAGAAUUUUAUCUCAGUGCUACUUAGUGGCCUCUGCUUGCUACCAAAAUCCAAGAACAGCUUCGUUCUUCAGUAUUGUUGCUCUGGGAUAUAUUUGUGGAAGACACCCACACUAUGCCUUUGAUUCUUGUUCAGCAUGAUCAACUCCCAUUGCAUAGGUGGUUCCUUUUUAGCCAGUCCUGAUUUGAAACCCAUACCAGCAUCAAGUUUAUUGCAAAAGGUCAAAUACUUUCUUCUUCUAGUCUGCCAUUUUAAGGCACAUUUCCAAACCACAGUCCAUAUAUAACCAUUUUUAAGAAUAACAGUUUAAAAAGUAACUGUUGGAUCUCUCCCCCCCCCCCGCCCCCGUGUCAACUCUAUUAUUUUUAACUUUAUUUUUCUAAAGGCAACUUGCAAAAUGAGGUUUCUCCUCCCACCACUUCUUACCUUUCUGCUUGGUCAGGAUCUGCCUUAUACCUUGUGAACAGAGAGGCUAUUUCCUUCUGGCAGCAACCCCUUGCACCUUGCAAGAACCAUUCCAGAAAAUUGGAUGGGGGGGAUGCAGGGUGUUUCUGCUGGACAGAUGCCCAUUGCUAUGCAUGCUUAGUCAAAAAUACUAGGGCCCACUGAUGUCAGUAGAACCUGUUCUGUAAUAACGAUGCAUAGGAUUCUAUCCUGCUAUAUCUCUUUACAUGUACAUCUGAAGAGCUCCCGCCUGCCAGCUGACAUUGUGCGCUGGCUCAGUUACACUCAAGCUGAUUUCCUUGUAGAGGCUGCUGUUAGGAAAAACUCUGCAGAGCUUUUAUUGAAUGGUUUUAUUGGGUACUUUUAUCGUAUCUGACAUCAUAGUUUUUGGAGUAUAUUGUAUCUUUUGUAUGCUAUCUUCAUGUUUUGGUACGCAGGGUAUAUAUAUUUUUCAUUAAGGGGAAGAAAACCAAGUCUGCGUGAGUGGUUGACUGCUUUUGGGAAUGAACUGACCUUGAGUAGACUCCCUACCCUGCGAUUGCAGAUGCUGUCAUCUACAAACAUAUUUCAACUGCUGCAUUUUGUUUACUAAGAAUUUUUCAUUUUUUUUUGUAAAUAAAACAUCACCAUACAUUUCUGUAGCACAUUCUGUUCAACCCAGAGAUCGCCACCCCCUCCUCUCCACUCCCAAGGACUGCCACUCCUCAAGGACUAAUAAAGCUAAAAGAAGAUUAAUGUUUAUUUAAAAAUUAAAUGGCGUGAGAAAGAAAAGAGGAGACUAUAGGAUAAAGCGAAAAGCUAACAACGAAUAGUGGCUUUCCUGAUUGUUGUUGGCAAGUAAAAACUGGAUGAAAAAUUGUUUCCUUCAGGCUAUGAACUGAUUUAUCAGUAUGGCAGGGCUAUUAAAAUGUGUAUUGUGGGCUUAUUUACAAGGCUGCACCACAGUAUCGUAUGCUGUGCCCUUCCUUCCCUCUUUCUUAGGAUCUCAUGCUGCGGCAUGGUUGGAGGACAGGUGCCAUUGUUCCAGAACUUGAGACGGAAAUCCGAAUCAUUAAUACAGAACAAUAUAUGCACUCUUUGACUUGGCAGCAGGCUCUUACAGGACUUUUGGAGAGAAUGCAGGUAAAAUAGACCAAAUGAUGAUUUUAUUAGGUCGUUGCCUAGCAUGAUUAUGGUUAGGCUUGCCAUCACCCUAACCUUAGCUAAGCCAACUUCCUGGCUAUAUUUCCUUGUUUGUAUUUCUUUUCUCUGAUGAAAGGAGAUGUAAAACUGCAACCUUCAUAAGUAUUAGAACAUGUAUUUAGCCUGAUAUUCAGCUAUGUUCAACAUUCAAACAUCUUGGAUUCUUUUUUCUUUUUCUUAACUUUUAGAUGUAUCAAGAUGCAGAAUCUAGGCAGGUGCUACUGGAAUGGAUGAAAGAACGACAGGAAAUUAGGUGAAUCUUGAUAUUUUUUUAUUGUCGUCUGUUCCUCCCCACCUCAAAAAAAGAAAAAGAAAAAAAACUGUCAUUGCAUUAUUACAUAAAUUCCAAACACAAAUCUCACACUUAAUUAGGAACUGGUUGUGACUAAGAAGGCAUUUUAUUGGAUGCUAAUCCCCAAUAUUGCUUUGCUUCUAUACUGAACAGUUUUCUUUCUCCCUUUGGGAGGGGUGCAGGUGGCCUACUUAGGGGCAGGUGAAGUAGCAAGACAAACAUGUCAGGCACCCCUCAUCUGUCUCUCAGAGCUUAAGAGGUCCUGGAAAAGCUUUUAGCUGAAGAGGAUGCUGGGUGCUCCCUUAAACAGACUAAUCUGCCGGCCAAACACAGCAGAGGAAUUCUGAGUAGCUAACCCAAUGACCGCUCCCCACAUCAAAUGGGCGGCACCUUUUGCGUGGUCGCGCAGCCCCCCCCAUCCGAUGUGGCUCCCGGCAGUACAGCCUGGAUCCCCCCCCCCCAGGCUGGACACCUGGAGGUAGCCGCCUACCUCUGGCAGUUACCCAAUCCCAGCUGGGGAGGCAUUGCCAGGAGAGAGUUGGCCAGAAGGGAUCGCCCUGCCCACACAAUAAUGGGUGGAACUUACCUGGGAGUUCUCAGUCGGCUUCAGAGCUUCUCCCACCCUGCCCUCCCUCAGUUAAGCCUUCUUUUGCAGGUUCUCUUCUUUACACUGGCGCUGCUACGUUAUGGUCGCUGUUGAACGGCCGGAAAGGAAUUUUCCUGCAUUGGCAGGUUUUGCCUUCCCCGUAGCAAAACAUCACAACUUUGGCGGUUUCAGGCAUUGGGCGGAAUCCUUUAGUCUAUCUUCCCUAAAUGGGGGGGGGGGUGACACGGUGACCCACGGCCCUCCUGCAGUGGCGAUCCCACAGUUCCCCGUUAAAGGGGUUGUUUUGAGGGGAGGCAUUGGCCAUACGCCAAUAGGUUGUCAUUGCUCUCCCCUGCGACGGCGGCGAAAUGGGGGGCGGGCUCUCUGCUUGAACAGACGUUCUCCAGAGCUAGCCCAAUCCCCACACAUUCUGGAGAACCCUGAUGUUCCCCAGAUCCCCGGCCGGGGACUGGGAGGGAGAAACGCCCAAUGCCUAAGCCAAGGUCUCCCUACAUCUGAAGCUUUAAUAAAGUUGUGGCCAAAAUUUUACUCCCAUAACACAUUGUCUUGACUCAUUAUUCCACUUGGCUGUCGUCCGGGGCUGGGGGGGGGGGCGUUCUCCGCCUGUCCGCACAAAACCCCAUACGUUUUCAAGGGUUUCUGUUCUCAUGGCUUAAUAGCAAAUUAUUUCCUUCCAGGUCACUUUCGAAGAAUCUUUUUAACCCCCAGUUUGGUAGCAUCUUUCGAACCUUCCACAACCCGACCUACUUUUCUCGAAGACUGAUCCGUUUCUCUGACAUCUACAUGGCAUCCAUCAGUUGCCUACUGAACUAUGAUGUCAACUUCACCUUCUACCCCCGGCGCACUCCGCUGCAGCAUGAAGCUCCCCUCUGGAUGGACCAGCUCUGCACUGGUUGCAUGAAGACUCCAUUCUUGGAGGAAAUGGUGCACAUCCGGUGAAAGGAUGUGUAUGUCCCACUGUUGCAAUAAAGCUGUUGUAUAGGAAGGGCCCAGCAUCUUAGCCUUAGAUUGCAACCUGGUUACAGUGUGUGCCUAUUGCUGUCCUUUGCCUCCCAGCACUUCCUAAUACAUACUCAAGAUGAACGAGUGAAAAGGCUGUACAAAUUAUGUCUUAGAAAUGCUUCACUGAUAAGAAGUCCAAAGGGUGAAUUAGGUUCCUGUGCACUGUCUCCAUAAAGUAGUUCCUUCUACUUAGAGGUUCUACCCAAAAUGUUCAGUUCCAGAGUUUGUGCGUUGUGUAGCCGUGAUCCGAUGAUAUUCUCAGAACUUGUUAAUACUAUACAGCCCUAUUUGUCCAUGUCUCUACCCAGACUUUAGAUGUGACUUAGCUGUGAUUAUAUUGGCAAAUAGCUCUGGAUGUAUUCCUACUAAAAUGUGGACACAUUUAUAUUUUUAAGACCUAAGCCAGAAUUAUUUUUGGUUCAUUAGAUCUGAGAUGCACUCUAAAUCCUUGGCAAAAGAAUUUUAAACUUUAAUAACUGCCAGCAGCUCAGAAUGUGCUAGAUUAACACUUGAUUAGGUUAUAAAUUCAAAGGUGCUAGCUUGUGUAUCUUUGCACAACUGAGCACAGUAUAAUAAACAACAUAUAGCCAACUCAGUUUUAUGUACAAAUGUAGUGAUCAACAGAGCUUAUUGUGAGCAUGGCCCAGAAGGGCUAAACAAGCAAAGUUUCUCACCCGGUAGAUCAAUGACUGCUGCUGAGAGCAUAGUGAGAUUUCUCAAUAGGUAGUGUGCAUUUCUGCUAGAGCAUGGACUGGUCCACAUGUACCACUUGAUUACACUUUGACUCGUAGCACAAUGUGUGACCUGACCAUUGGAAAGCACUGUGUUUGUGGUCAGCUGAUGUGGUAGCUUUGUAAUGGCUCAACAAUGAACGUAGUUGCUGCACUCGUCACAUGAUGUGCAUGCAUGUCUCAAUCAGCCCUAUUAAAUAUACCAUCCCAUAUAUUUCUAAAAACUACUUUUCACCAUUGUAUAAGUGUAGCUCGAAUUUCAAACCUAUUUCUUAACUUGAGAUCAAAAUAUGGAAACAAAUGGUGUAUUAUUUAAGCAUCUGCUACUUUUUAGCCUGACACAGAUGAAGGACACAAUCUAUCACCAGCGUGCUGCAAAAGGUGAGCCUAGGGUUCAAUGGCUGAAGCCAUGGGUGCUUUCUCCUUUGUGUGAGAUGUAAACCUGGGUCUCUUUCACUGUGCAAUAGGUGGAGCUGCCAUUGAAAGACUACUCAGAAGAAGCAUCAGCUAAUACAAGUGGUGAGUUAUCAGGACCAUGUUAACUGAAGUGUUCCAGUGUUUGCACAUGCUCUGCAUAUAAAAAGCCUCAUGUUCAAGCUCUCUGUAUGUUUAGGAAUGUCCCAUCUAAAAUCCUGCAACUGGUCUGACUUGAUAGAAGGCCGUUUCCUAUAUAUUGGUAAAGGCAAACAUUUUGGGCUGAAGCUAGCUUGGCGACACAUCUUUUCUAUAUUUCAUCAUAAUAUAGAUCCUGACCCUCAACUUAAUACCUGUUUUUGUACCCAGCUACUGCAGAUCAGAACCAUACCAUUUAAUAGAACAUCUUUCCCUGAAAGGCUCACCAAAGUCCAUUUGGGCUGGCUCUGAUAAGCAUUCCAGGUGUAUAAAUUAAAAGCUGGGCAGGAGACCUGUGUUUAUUUUUUAAAUAUUGCAAUUUGAUUGAAUUCUAUAAUGGGUUUUAUGCUGGCUAAUUUAGAUAUAAUUAAAUAAAGCUGCUCCACAUGAUUCCAGCACAGUUUUUUAAAAAUCUAAUCAAGAACUAUUCUGUCUUACAAAUGGCAGUUCAAAACUGGAAUUAAGCUGAAUUGUGCAUUGACAUGGUAAAUUGCAUUCUAAUGAUGCCAAAGCAACCUUACUGUCAAGCUAUAGAAAUUGUUGUCACUGUAGUUGAUGCUUUAGGAGAUGUUUUGUUGCUCUUUCUCAUGUAUAUGGUACCAAAGUGGUGAUGUUUAAGACUAGAAUACUGGUCUUUGUGUACUGUAUCUUAUAUUUUACUCUUUUAGGGAUUUAUAUUAGGAUUCUACGUAUUAGUCAAACACAUGGAGCUGGUUUAUAAAAUGUGGUUUGAUAAAUUAUUCUGUAGCUAUAAUAGGCUUAAGUUUAGUUGUGCAAAAAAAACCAAAACACUUUAUCAUUCACAUCUUAAGUAAGGAAACAAACAUACCUUAAAAUGGCCUCUCUGAAGUUUUCUACUACAGUGGUACCUCAGGUUACAUAUGCUUCAGGUUACAUACGCUUCAGGUUACAGACUCCGCUAACCCAGAAAUAGUACCUCGGGUUAAGAACUUUGCUUCAGGAUGAGAACAGAAAUCGUGCUCCGGUGGUGCGGCAGCAGCAGGAGGCCCCAUUAGCUAAAGUGGUGCUUCAGGUUAAGAACAGACCUCCGGAACGAAUUAAGUACUUAACCCAAGGUACCACUGUAUUUAAUGACAACUAUAGUUAUAUAGUCUGCAUGUGUCCUGCAAGCUAAUAUAUUAUGUAGGGCUGUUAUUUCUUCUCUUUUGACACGUUCUCAACUAUGUCAAGUCUUUCUUCAAACAUGAUGACUUUUAAAAACAGAUAAGCACUGUGUAGGCAAACACAUGACACUGUGGAAUGCCUACAGGGGUGCCAACCGAAAUAAAAUGGGGGGGGGGGAAUAAGCCCUGCCCAACGUAGAAUUUCUGGAAAGGCUGGGCAUUCCCAUUCAAAGUGAAGGUAUAAAACUUGAUGUCACUUCGUUUCCUUAUUAAUGUUGCCUGCUUUAAAUGUGCCAAUUAACUUUAUAUUGCACAGAAGAGAUAACAUGAAUAACUAACAUAACGAUUCCUGCAUCAUAAAGCCAUCUGUGACCUAGCUUUUGAACAUGAAAUAUGUUAAACAGCUAGUUUUCCUAAGUGAUAUAAUAUCAGUUUGGCUAGACGUUUAGGUGGAGAAAAUGAGCAUUUGAAUAAAAAGCUGUAAGAUUGACAUGGCGGAGAAACCAAUUAACUUGCUAUACUGUUUCCAUUGUAUUUACUGUAUUCCGCAGAAAAAGUGAUAGUGGAUUACUUGUCAGACAUUGUUCUAUCUAAAUUAUUAUAAGCAUUUUCUUGUUGCAUUUUUGAAACCCAACCUAAAGUUCUGUGUCAUAAGGUGCUGAAGUUAGCAUUAUCCUCAUUCUAUUAUAAGUAGGCUACUCUGUAUAAUGCCAAAUGGCUCAGAACUUGAAGAACUGAAAUAAUGAUUUGGUCAAAUUUUGUCCAAGCUAGGUAAAAUAGUUUUGGCUCACAGGUCUGCUCACAAAGCAGCCUGUUGUCAGCUGUGUGCCUACUUCAUAACAAUCUGCACAAACAUUCAUUCUUCUUUCCCACACUACACAGAAUUUGUGGUUUGUUCUAAGUGACCUUGCAAGUGUAGAAUGUUUCUUUUGUUGGUUAUUUACUAUUUUUACAAAAAUAAAGUAUUGCAUCAUGGGAUAAUGACUUUCUCUUGACAUUGUCUUCUCUUAGGCAGUGUGGGGAUUACUAAAUAAUGGCUCUCAAUCCUAAGGCAGAACAUACCUUUUCACCAUUAUGUAUCCUUACUAAGUGUUAACUUUCAGGUUCAAAAUAACCAAACACUUAAUGAAGGUUGACAACAUUUGCUUGUUCCCAUUCAUUUACAAACAUCUGUCAUUCUCGGAACAGUACAUAAAUUCAGUAGGAUUAUAAACAAAGAUGGGCCUACAGUUUUCAGGCAGUAUUAUUUCAAACUGCCUUUUAAGUAACAUUUUUAAAAAGGGAUCGGCAGAAGGCUCCAUAGUGCAGUUUCAGAGUAAAGUUAUCUAACUGAACUCAGAUUUUAUUGGCCCACUGAAGAUUCUCCACAGCACCCACCGAUCCAAACACAUUCAAGAGUCAUCAUAUUCCCUAAGUUUCAGCCUGAAGAUUUAGGAGCAGAAUCCAAAGAACACAACAUGAUUUUCCAUCCCUCACCUUCCUAAUGCCACUCCUUAUGACAUCCAAAAACUCAUUCCUGACACCCAAAACAGCACAAGGGGGCUGCAUUCAAUCAGAAAAUUGCUGAAGCCCCUGUGUGCAUGCAAGGGCAAGGAGCUCUAUGGGCCCCAAUUUCCUGCCCAUGUAUUUGAGAAGAGGAAUGGAACUGAGGUAUGUUAAACAAUUUACAAUUAAAGCCGCUUGUUAAUUUGUCACCAUUGAAAGGGCAGGCAAGGCUUCUUAGCAGUCCAUAACAGCCAUAUUCUGUUCAUUCUGAAUUACAUAGCUUCUGGGAAGUGUUGUUUCCAGCUUACUGGUUGCCUUGAAUUCCAAAGGCAUCUGAAAAAUCUUCUCCGGUGAGAGAAUCCUGAAA